GCCCCGGUCGCUUCCUGCGGGACAAGGAAGCGGUUCCCGCCGCCAUGGAGCUGCCACCGAGCCACCACCGCAUCACCCGGGCGGCAGCGCUGGCCGUCAGCUACGCCUGUUACCGGCAGGGGAGCCCCGGGCGCGGGCUGGGGCUGCGGGCCGUCCGCCACGCCAGCGGGCAGGACAUCGAUGGUGUUGGGCGUAAGUACCAUCUGGAACUGGUGUUAGAAGACCUCCUUGACACAGAUAGUACUUUUAACUGCACUGCUGAGGUUCUUUACCAUCUGGACAACAAAAACAUUGCUCCAGAUGUGCAAUUCACAAUUGAAGGAGAACUUAAGAACACAGAUGAAGCAGAUAACAUAUUCUACAAUCGAAUCAAGAGCCUGGAAAAAGAGCUUGUGGCAGAGAACAUACCAGACAGCCACGGCAACGUGUCCCCAGAAAUGGAGCCCAUCCGCCUGCUAGCGUGGGCCGCCUCUGGCUACGUGAUAUGGCAGAACUCAACUGAAAACACUAAGUUCCAGCUUGCCCAAAUUAAACAUGUGAAGCAAGUGAAAAGAAGCGACGAAUAUCUUGAAUUUGACUACAUGAUUCUACUUCACGAAAUGGUGUCCCAGGAGAUCAUUCCCUGGCAAAUGACAGUUCUCUGGCACCCACAGCAUGGUGUUCAAGUCACGCAGGACAGCUGUCAGCCAAAACAUGCAGCUGAGUAACGGACCACCUGAUACUGCAACGGAAGAAGCUCAAAUGCUACAAUAAGCAUUUGAAGGGAGGGCAGAUAAGUUGAUGAGAAUGGAUAUGCAAUAAAGGUAUGAAGAAAAAAAGUCCUUCAUCAAUUAAACUUU